AUGACUGAUGCAGCACAAGUUAAGUCCUACUCAAUAGAAGCGGACAGAAAACGUAGCAACGUCUUCAAGUCGUCCGAUUUUUUUUGGGAAGGCCCCUCGCCACUCUGGCUCCGGACACGCCGCAGGCCACCACAGCGGGGUCCAGACUCAUCCAAGCCAGGACCAACAGCGGGGAGGCCAGCGCCAGGCCUCUCAGAUCCGCCGAGAUUUACGCCUCCUUCGACAACCUCUAUCCGCUCUCGUCCAAGACAAAGUUCUCUCAGAAACAGUCGUUUUCGUUCGAGAGCUACUGGAAGAAAUACUCCGGUACACCUAAAAAUCUAUUCGAUGAAGAGGCUUCCACGAAAAGUUAUCAGUAUAGGUACAAUUUUCGUUGGAACUUUUGAUGUUACAGAAACAAAACAUUACACAAAUCAACUAGCCGUGACCAUCAAGCUGUAUUAUUGGGCUUUCAGAGCUCUGGAGGCCUGUUACACGCCACGAUAUAACAGCCGAAAAAAGAGCGACAGCGAUGAGAAGUGGUCUUACAAGGAGUUCCGGUUUCCGUCCCCGCCAUUGGCUCAGCAAUUUCCAGAAACAACCACCCUCUCCUUGUCCAGCGAACUCGGACGGUACAAGUCCGCCAAUAUUAAAGACCGUACCGACUAUCUUUCUUUGUCUCUGUCACCUCCAGGAUCCAGGAGUGAAAGUGUAUUCCUAAGAGACUGUCCUUCACUUUCGCCAAAUAAAGACGUAAGUCUUUUAGAUUUAGAAGAUAUUAAGAAAUUAAGGUAUAUUGAAAAUAGAGAAAGCCAAGAGGAUGAAACAGAAUACGAAGCUGGAGGCUAUAUGCCCAUUAAUAUAGGGGACGUUUUAAGGAAUCAGUACAAAGUAAGCCGCAAACUUGGAUGGGGACAUUUCUCUACUGUUUGGUUAUGUAAAAAUUUAUAUGAAAAUGGUCCUAGAUAUGUAGCUCUAAAAAUAUGCAAAUCGGCACCUAUGUUCACUGCAGUAGCGAAUGACGAAAUCAGACUACUCCAAGAGACUAGGUCAGUGAAUCCUAAUCACGUGGGCUUCAAAAACAUAGUCCAAAUGGUCGAUACUUUUAAACUAAUCAGCGAAAACGGAGUCCACACAGCAAUUUCUUUAGAGAUCAUGGGACCAAGCUUACUACACCUUCUUAUGCAAAGUGACUUUCGCGGCAUACAGGUACCCGCUGUCUGCAAAAUAAUUUUUCAGGUUUUAAGAGGUCUAACAUAUCUUCACGAAGAAUGCCACAUUAUUCACACAGAUAUAAAGCCAGAAAACAUUUUAAUCAAAGUUGACGAAUCCUAUAUUAGACAAAUCGUUGGUAAAAUGGAGCGUUUCUCUGAAUUAGGAGUUGAAUUACCCAGAUCAUAUGUUAGUUCGGAAGUUUGGACUGAAAAAGACAGUAAUUUGCACCAAUCCGAUGAUGAAAUCAUGAGCAGGAUCGGCGAACAAAGGUCAUCAUCUUACCCCAACGACAUAUACUUGAGCGAUCUAGUCAAUUACAGGGAACGCCACAACCAAACUAGUUUUAUAGCUCCCAUGUGGGUCAAUCCCAACAUCGAAAUUAAAAUCGCUGACCUAGGAAACGCCUGCUGGGUGGAUCAUCAUUUCUCUCAGGAGAUCCAAACGAGGCAGUAUAGGGCUUUGGAAGUGAUCAUGGGAGCUGGGUAUAGUUACCCUGCAGACAUAUGGUCUGUGGGUUGUAUGGCGUUUGAGCUGGCUACAGGGGAAAUGCUUUUUAGUCCUAAGGGCUCCACUGACAUGUCAGCAAACAUAGAUCACUUGUGCUUAAUCUGGGAGACCUUAGGUGGGAUUCCCAGAUACAUAACUGAAACAGGGAGUGAAUCUAAAAAAUUCUUUUUCAAUGGCCAUUUAAAAGAUGUUCCUAUUGAUAACUUGAGGAUAUGGAAAAUCGAAGACGUGCUGGUGGAGAAAUACAAAUGGAAAAGGCUUGAUGCUAUUCCUUUUGCAGGGUUUCUGGAAAGUUUAGUGGAGCCAGAUCCAGCAUUAAGAGCUACGGCUUCUCAAGCAUUGACCAACGAAUGGUUACAAUCGAUGGACAUUUAAAAACUUUCCAAAAUAUUUGUGCAAGACUGAUGUUAUUUAUUUUUAAAUGUUACAUUUGACGUUCGUUCAUUUCAUUUCGAUCGAUUCAGUUCAUACACGAAUCAUGUUUUUCAUUAUUUAUUUGUUCUCAUUGCCUCUCUCUCCCAA